AUGGCUUCCUGUCACCAUAUUACGAUCAGUGAUCCCGAAGAAGAAGAAGAAGAUGCAGACGACGCUCCCCCUGAACUUGAGCAAGGGGUAAAAAAUACGGUCGAUGAGCUAAAAGAGAUUAACCUUGGCACAAACGACGAUCCUCGCCCAAUUUACAUAAGCUCUUGUAUGACUCCUGAAGAAGAAAAAGAGUAUGUUGAUUUGCUGCUCGAGUUCAGGGACGUCUUUGCUUGGAAUUACUCAGAAAUGCCUAGUUUGGAUCCAAGGGUCGCCGUUCAUAAUUUGUCCGUCAAGCGGGGAAUAAAACCUGUCAAGCAAACGCAAAGGCGCUUUCGGCCCGAAUUGAUUCCCCUGAUAGAAAAUGAGAUAAAUCGAUUGAUUGAAGCUGGAUUUAUACGAGAAUGCUAUGUCGAUGAUCUUGUGGUGAAAUCAAAGAAGCGGGAAGAUCAUAUUCAAGACCUUCGAAAAGUUUUCCAACGCCUUCGGAGAUACCAACUGAAGAUGAAUCCUUUGAAGUGUGCGUUCGGAGUCACUUCUGGCAAGUUUCUCGGUUUUAUCGUUCAUCAGCGAGGAAUAGAAGUCGAUCGAUCUAAAAUUGAUGCCAUCGUGAACAUGCCUGAACCGCGAAAUAUUCAUGAAUUGAAGAGUCUUCAAGGGAAGUUGGCUUAUAUCCGCAGGUUUAUCUCUAAUUUGGCCGGACGAUGCCAACCCUUCAGUCGACUGAUGAAGAAAUGGGUGCCCUUCGAGUGGGAUGAAUCGUGUAGGAAUGCCUUUACAAGCAUCAAAAUGUAUCUCAUGAAUCCUCCAGUUUUGGCUGCACCCAUCUCAGGAAAACCAUUGAUUCUCUAUAUUUUCGCCCAAGAACGGUCGGUUGGGGCCUUACUUGCUCAAGAAAACGAUGAAGGUAAGGAGAAUGCACUGUAUUACUUGAGCCGGAUGAUGACAUCUAAUGAGUUGAACUACUCGCCCAUCGAGAAGUUGUGUUUGGCACUUAUAUUUGUCAUUCAGAAGUUGAAACAUUACUUUCAAACACACACUAUUCGACUCAUAUCUAAGUCUAAUCCCAUUAAAUACUUCAUGGCAAAACCUGUACUGUCUGAUCGACUCGCGAGAUGGUACCUCCAGUUUCAACAGUUUGAAAUUAUUUACGUACCUGCGAAGGCUGUCAAAGGACAAAUAUUGGCAGACUUUUUAGCCGAUCAUCCCCUACCUGCCGAGUGGGAGUUGACUGAUGAACUUCCCGAUGAAGAAGUGUUUAUGGUCGAAUCUCCGUGGUCGAUGUAUUUCGAUGGAGCCGCGCACCGUGACGGAGCCGGUGCAGGAAUUAUCUUUCAUACUCCUGAAGCAAAUAUAUUGCCAUACUCUUUCACUUUAACACGCCGGUGUUCCAACAAUGUGGCUGAAUAUCAGGCGUUGAUUCUCGGUCUUGAAACGGCUGUAGACAUGAAACAGUUGCAUCUUAGAGUCUACGGUGAUUCAAAAUUGGUGGUAAAUCAACUUCUUGGUGUUUAUGAUGUCAAGAAACCCGAAUUGAUCCCAUAUUAUAAGUAUGCAAGGCAACUCAUGGGAUAUCUGGGCGAUGCUCGCCUUUCAAAGGCAUUCAAUAAGCACGUUCGACCCCGCUCUUUUCAAAUUGGAGAGUUAGUGCUCGCCGUUCGGAGACCAAUCAUUCUCACUCAUGGCGGACAAAGAAAGUUUACUCCUAAGUGGGAUGGUCCAUAUGUCAUUCGAGAAGUAUAUACAAAUGGCUCAUACAAGUUGGUUGCCGAAGAUGGAUUAAGGGUUGGCCCCAUCAAUGGCAAGUACCUAAAAAGGUACUAUGCAUAA